AUGAACCACUCCAUCAAAAGUGCUGCAAAGACGCUUGCUAACGGUCUCGUUACCUUCUACAAUGAGAGCGUGUCCGAAUCUGGAAUCCCCGGCAUCUUCCCCAAACCCUACUACUGGUGGGAAGCCGGUCUCGUCUUCAACGCGCUGAUCGACUAUUCCUACCUAACCGGCGAUAGCCAGUAUGAUUCUAUCGUUUCUGAAGGUAUCCAAGCGCAGCUUGGUGAGGAUUAUGCCUUUAUGCCGGCGAAUCAAACUGGACAAAUUACCAACGAGGAUCAAACCACCUGGGCUCUAGCAGCCCUGACCGCGGCCGAAACUGGCUUCUCACCACCAGAGAACAGAUCGUGGGCUGAGUACGCUGCGGAAGUAUUCGAUGUGCAGGUGCUAAGAUGGGACGAAGAAACCUGUGGAGGAGGUCUUCGUUAUACAAUCUUCACGUUCCAGUCUGGAUACGACUACAAAUCCAAUGCUGCCACCGGCGACUUCUUCCUCCUGGCUGCCCGCCUAGCCAAGCUUACCGGUAACGAAACAUACUCUGAAUGGGCGGAUAAAUCGUAUACCUGGGCCAAGGACCGGGGAUUGAUCAGCGAUGAUUAUGAUGUUUACGACGGUACUGCCAGCUUGGAUAAUUGCGAGGAUGCCAAUCGCGUACAGUGGUCGUACAUCCACUCGGUAUAUACAGAGGGCUCUGCUAUCAUGCAGAACAUCACCAACGGCGAACAGAAAUGGACCGAUGCCGUACAAGGCUUCGUGAACUCUUCCAAUAUCUUCUUCGAAGACGAUAUCCUCACAGAGAUAGCCUGCGAACGUAAUGUUAUCGCCGCCCCUUCCCUCGCAGAGCCGCUCACCAAGAAGCUCGAAGCGUCCGCCAAAGCCGCCGCCGGUAUAUGCGAAGAAGUUUCGGAAGACGUCAAGUGCUCGCACUCAUGGGAUCAUGCGGAUAGUUUGGAAACUGCUAGCGACGGCAAUUUAGGUGAGGUGUUCAGUGCGCUGGCUGUAGUGCAGAGCUUGCUGUUCUCGAAGGCCAAACCGCUCGCUUCGAAUGGGACGGAAGCUGGAGAUGGUGACAACGCGACGCAGAGUGGGGAUGCGUCGGGUACAUCUGGAGCUGAAGUGCCCAAAGAGACGGGCGCGGCAGGGACGAUCGCUGCGAGUGUCACGGCUGUCUUGGCUGUGGCUUUUGCUGCGGCGUUGAGCUGUUAA